AUGAAAAUUGCUGUUGUCGGUUUAGGUGGAACGGGUAGUGCAGCACUUCGCUUUCUUGCAUGUGCUGGUCAUCAAGCUAUUGGUUAUGAACAAUUUCGUAUAGGUCAUGAGAAUGGAAGUUCACAUGGUGAAUCACGAAUUAUUCGUUAUACGUAUCCUGAUCUUUUAUAUACACAAAUGAUGAGUGAUUCGUAUAAAUUAUGGUUUGAAUUAGAGAAAGAAGCUGAUGAAGAAUUAUUUGUUCGAUGUGGUGGUCUUUAUUUUGGUGAUAAAACUGAUGAAGAUGUGCGAAUUACUGAACAAUCAUUGAUUGAUACGAAUUUACCUUAUGAUCGAUUAACUGCUAAACAAACACAAGAAAAAUAUCCAGCAUUUCAUUUACAAUCAAAUGAAGCAGCUAUUUAUCAAAAAGAUAGUGGAUUUUUACGUGCAACACGUUGUGUACAAGCAAAUAUUCGUUUAGCUAAAACUCAUGGUGCUAUUAUUCAUGAAGAAACAAAAGUUCAAGGAAUAUAUACAAAAGAGAAUAAAACAUUUAUUCAAACAUCUUCAGGUGAAGAAGAAUAUGAUCGUGUCAUAGUCACUGCUGGUCCAUGGAUGAGUUCAUUAUUUAAAGAUUUAAAUCUACCAUUAACACCAACACGACAACAAAUUGUCUAUCUUAAUAUAAAUGAUCAUGAAGAAUAUUUUCAAGCGAAUGGAACUUUUCCUGUAUGGAUUGAUGCAACUGAAAAUCUUUAUGGUUUUCCAAGUGAUGGUCAAAUAAUUGGAAUUAAAUUAGCAUAUCAUCAUUGUGGUGAAGCUAUCAAAGAUUUAGAUGCUGAACGUGCACCAGUUGAUGAAAAUUAUUUAGAUGAAAUUCGUCGUUAUGCUAAAAAACGUUUUCCAAAUUUAGGUACAGAUAUAACCUAUAGUCAAACAUGUGUAUAUACAAAUACACCCAAUCAUGAUUUUAUUAUUGAUCAAGUACCUGACCAAUCAAAUGUAUUUUUGGUUAGUGGUUGUUCAGGUCAUGGUUUCAAAUUUACAGUUUUGUUAGGAAAAAUAAUUUCCAUGCUUGCAACUGACGAUAAUGGUUAUGAACGAGAUCUUACAAGAUUUAAAAUUAAUAGCUUUUUAAAAGAUUCAAAAUGA